AUGAGUGACCGUUAUUUAGAACAAAGGAUUAGUAUCAAAUUUUGCGUGAAAUUGAACAAGUCUGCAAGUGAGACUCACCAUCUUUUAAAAGAAGCUUAUGGAGAUGAAGUCAUGUCAAGGGCCAGAGUUUUUGACUGGCACAAAAGGUUUAAAGAAGGGCGGGAAGAUGUUCGAGAUGAUGCACGAAGUGGUCGUCCAGUCACCCACCGGACAGAUGAAAAUAUUCAGAAGGUCAAGGACUUGGUUUGUUCAAACAGGCACCUGACAGUGAGGAUGAUGGCUGAAGAGUUAAAUUUAGAUAAAGAAACUGUUAGACUCAUUCUGAAAGAAAACUUGAACAUGAGGAAAGUGUCUGCAAAAGUUCUAUCGGGUAUUUUGAAGAAUGACUCUAAACCUGGAAAAUUUGACUUUCAGUCUGAUUUCUCAAAGGAAACCAGGAAAAAUAGUUCAUCUGUGAGGAAAAAGGUAACAAGUUCUGAAACAUGGAGUCAUCUCCAGAGUGAAGCUGGUCGGGAAAUGCCUCUUCCAGUAUCCGGUCCCAGAACCCACCACACUGUCAGCCAGCUUCUGCAGGCUUCAUCUUCAGCAAGCCUUCCCACUAGGGUAGCUCAAGAUUGGUUCACACCAUGGUGA